GUUAAAUCUCAAAGUAGUAGAAGAAGAGGCAGCGGUUGGCCAUUUCUCAUGUCUCCGGUGCUCUGACUGACAACACCGAGGAGAAGCAGCCGUCUCCAGGCUGACAGUGUGGGGAGGAAUAUGCGCUCACUUUUGGGACUACUCGCUGUUGUUGCUGCAGCCAGUGUGUACCUGUACUCUCUGUCCCUGUACCUUCCUGCGGCGCCACGGAGACCUCCAGCUGCCCGCAGUCACCAUGAGGAGAACGGGCAGCCCGCUGACAGCUCCGAGGAGCCCAGCAGGUUGAAGUUCCCCUCAGACUUGGAGGAGCUGAGGGAACUGGCUGAGCUCCUGCAGUUUUACAAGACGGAGCACACUGGAUAUGUCCUGCUACUCUUCUGUAGUGCAUAUCUUUACAAGCAGUCCUUUGCCAUUCCUGGAUCUUCAUUUCUGAAUAUUUUAGCAGGAGCUAUAUUUGGACCCUAUCAAGGACUUCUGCUUGCCUGUGUGCUCACUACUGUGGGCUCCACCAUAUGCUACCUCCUGUCCCAGGCCUUUGGAAAGCGCUACAUCGCUAACCUCUUCCCUGAUAAAGUCUCCAUGCUGCAGAGGAAGGUUGAGGAGAACAAGGACUGUUUGUUAUUCUUUCUACUCUUCCUGCGAUUUUUUCCCAUGACUCCCAACUGGUUUUUGAACAUGUCUGCUCCUAUUGUCAACAUCCCCAUCACCUUCUUCUUCUGCUCAGUCUUCAUUGGCCUCCUGCCGUACAACUUCAUCUGUGUCCAGACGGGCGUCAUGCUGUCUGAGGUGGCGUCGCUGGACGACUUGUUCUCCUGGGACAGGCUGCUGCAGCUGCUGGCCAUCGCCUGCAUGGCGCUGCUACCCGGCGCCCUCAUCCGCCGCUUCAGUCAGAAACGUCUCAAACUUGACUUCCCAUCACAGAACGGGCUCAACACGGAGAAGAAGGUCCAGUGAUUUGUUCUUGGAGUUUUUUCCCUGGCUCUCUACCCCCAAGAUUGAAUGUAAUCAAAGUGGGGACUCUUCAGAAAAAAACUGCAGAAACGUGUAAAGGUUUCUUUUAUCUUACCUGGAGCCACCUGAGGAUGGAGAGCUUUAAAAAAUAAAAUAAAAAUAGAACUGGCACAUGGGGAUUUGUAGCCAGGUAUUUUGUUUAACCAAAUCUUUGUGUUUCUAUGCCCCAGCAUCUUUGGGCACAGAAUAUGUAUAAAGAUAUAUGAAUGUACAGCAAUCAUAAGGACAGAGGGAAGAAUUUAAAGGGGACCUUGCUUCAAUGUAAACAGCCAGUGUUUCAAGUGCCUGUCUGCAGUGCUGGACUCUGAUUCAAACUUCUACCUCCACCAGUUUGGGAAAACUAAUGUAACAGCCUGCUCAUGUUUGUUGUAGCUUAUUGGCUCAGAUAAUUGGUAUUUGGUUUCGUGUGAAUACUUGUAUUGGUAACUGAAAAAGGUCUGCAGCAUAUACUUGGAAAUUGUAUUUUUCUUUUUUGACAAUCACAUUUUAAGUAUAAAUUGUAAUAAAGGGUGUUGGGCAAUUUUUAACAUUUUUAAA